GUGAGUUUCUUUUAACUUCUAGAAGACUCCUAAGUUCAUAUUCGUAGAAUUACAAAAAAAAUUUCGAAAGCAGAAAACAGCACGUUUUCCAGAUCAAAUAUUAAUUUGUCUAAAACAAAAUAAUUUUUUUUUGUUAUUUCAACUUUAAAUAAAGUUUUAUAUACAUAUAAUCAAGAAAAAUGGAAAAGGUGAAUGAACUUAAAGAAAAGGGAAAUCGAGCACUGAGUGCAGAGAAUUAUGAUGAAGCUAUUGCAGCUUACACGGAAGCUAUUGGUUUAGAUGAUAAAAAUCAUGUUUUGUAUAGUAAUCGAUCCGCUGCAUAUGCAAAGGCCGGCAAAUACGAUAAAGCCUUAGAAGACGCAGAAAAAACAAUAGCCUUAAAUCCGACUUGGCCAAAAGGAUAUUCACGUAAGGGAGCGGCAGCCGCAGGAUUGAAAAAUUAUCGGGCCGCUAUGGAAGCUUAUGAUGAAGGUUUAAAAUACGAUCCCCAGAAUGCCGUAUUGCAACAAGGUAUUCAGGAAGUCACUGCCACUGUAAUCCAGGCUAUGUCAGGCCGUUUUCCUACGCCAAUGGAUGUGGAUUCUCAAUCGCCGCCUACUAAAGCAAGUGAGCCAAAGAAGGCCGAACCACCAAAGCCUGCUGAGCCAAAAGUUGAUGAAAUGAAUGAAGAAGAACGCAAAAAGUAUUUCGCAAAGAAGGAAAAGGACGCUGGUAAUAAUGCCUACAAGAAGAAAGAUUUCGAGACGGCACUGAAACAUUACCAUGCGGCAUUGGAACAUGAUCCGACAGAUAUAACUUUUCACAAUAAUAUUGCUGCCGUUUAUUUUGAACAAAAACAAUACGAUGAUUGUAUAAAAGAGUGCGAGAAAGGUAUUGAAGUAGGCCGAGAAAAUCGUGCAGAUUUCAAGCUGAUUGCAAAAGCUCUAGCGCGUAUAGGAAACUCUUAUCGUAAAAUGGAAGAUUAUAAACAAGCAAAAGUUUACUUUGAAAAAGCGAUGUCCGAGCAUCGUACGCCUGAAAUUAAGACUUCGCUUAGUGAAGUAGAGGCUAAGAUAAAAGAAGAAGAAAGGCGUGCAUAUAUUAAUCCGGAAUUAGCUGAAGUUGAAAAAGAGAAGGGCAAUGAAUUGUUUAAAAAGGGUGACUAUAGCAAUGCGGUAAAACAUUAUUCGGAAGCAAUCAAACGCAAUCCUGAUGAUCCCAAAUUGUACAGUAAUCGGGCUGCAUGUUACACUAAGUUAGCCGCCUUUGAUCUGGGUCUAAAGGACUGCGAAACUUGCAUCAAUUUGGAUGAUAAGUUCAUUAAAGGUUACAUUCGAAAGGGAAAAAUUUUGCAGGGUAUGCAAAAAUCGUCGAAGGCAUCAGCUGCUUACCUUAAAGCCUUGGAAAUUGACCCUCAAAAUGCCGAAGCACUUGAAGGCUACCGUCAGUGUUCCAUUUCAUAUCAGCGCAGUCCCGAGGAUGUGAUGAAGAAUGCCUUAGGUGAUCCGGAAGUACAACAAAUACUGAAGGAUCCUGCAAUGCGUGUUAUUCUGGAUCAAAUGCAGACUGAUCCCAAGGCGGCUAAAGAUCAUCUCCAAAACCCGGCGAUAGCUGACAAAAUUAUGAAGCUUAUUGAGGCAGGAAUCGUACAAAUUCAUUAAAAUUCUUCCUUCCCCAUAAGGAUAAAAUAAAGUUAUAGACAGGACAGAAGUUAACGUAUGGAAUUGCGUGAGUUUAAGUAAUUUCAACAAUAAAAAAAGCUACGCAUUUCUACAUCAUCCUCUUAACAUUUAAAUAACAAAGAUGUAUGAAAACAAGAAUGGUAUAGCACAUGAAAAGUAUUUCGCUGGAUAUCUAAAGCUUUUCAUCAAUUCAAAAAGUAAUGUUUAAAAAUUAUAUGCAGAGCUAGAAUUAUUUUUAAUAUGGCGUAUGUGGUUUAUAUUCGUUUUCCUACCGUAUAAAAAGUAGUCGUUUAGUUUAACUUAAGUAUGUAUUUGAGCUAAAAUGUAAUUUCUUUACUUGAAAUAAAUACACACGAUAAAAACUGUAUGUUAGCGCUUUCGCGAGGGCAAAAUAAAAAUAAAACUGAAUUUAAAAGCUGACUAAUAUAUUUAA